AUGGCUGCCAGGUCCACCUGGGAGAUUUCAGCUGCCAUCCCGGUGCUCUACACGCACCAAAAGGCGGUAAAGCGGCCAUCCUUCAAGGAGGGGAUUCUCCGCCUCUCCGCCGGCCGUGCCACGCUGUGCGACAGCAGUGGCAAAGUGCUGGAUGCAGAGACCGUCACAAGCUCCCUGCUGGCGCAGUUGAAGAACCAGGAGGAGUUGGACUUCCCCGGCCACUUGCUGCAGCCGGAUCCCACCUUGGAGAUCUCCGUGCCCAGCCUGCCCACCGAGCCGGAGCCGUCCCCUUCCCGGCGCAGAGGCCAGACCUGCCUCGGCGUGAAGCCGUUCAAACGGCCGCGUACACAGCCGCGCUCACUUAGUAGCUUCUCCACGGCUAGCUCAGCAGCACACUCUCUGCCAAGACCAGGCCGAGACGAGCAGGAUCUUUCAGGUGCCCUUUCCGCGCCUAGCACUGUGAAGAACCUGGGCGACGAAUCAAAGGCAACGCCCACGCCCUGCCGACAGCGGUUGGACCUUCAAGGUGCUGGGACCCGCUUCCGGCCGCCCAGGCCAGCGCCGAAAUGGCGCGACGAGAGUGAGUUCAAACCGAAUGGUCCUGGUCUGCCAGGCCAGCGAGAGGCGUUUGCGCCUGACCAUCAGGAAGCAGAGGCCCUUGCGCUUGCUCUGCGACGCGCGGAGGCCGCCCCGGAGCAGGCCGAGGCGCAAGUACUUGAGCUAUGCCGGCAAGAAGUGCACACUUUUCGCCGGGCGCACCUUGAGCUCGAUCAGCAGGAGGAAGAGGCACGAGUGCUCGAGCGCCAGCAAGAAGAGGCACUUGCGCUUGACCAGCACCGGGAGGCGGAGGCAGAGGUUCUCUGGCAGCAACGGUUGUGCGACGUGCAGCAGGCACAUGUUCUUGAGCGCCAGCAAGAAGAGGCACUUGCGCUUGACCAGCGCCGGGAGGCGGAGGCAGAGGUUCUCUGGCAGCAACGGUUGUGCGACGUGCAGCAGGCACAUGUUCUUGAGCGCCAGCAAGAAGAGGCACUUGCGCUUGACCGGCACCGGGAGGCGGAGGCAGAGGUUCUCUGGCAGCAACGGUUGUGCGACGUGCAGCAGGCACAUGUUCUUGAGCGCCAGCAAGAAGAGGCACUUGCGCUUGACCAGCACCGGCAGGCGGAAGCAGAGGUUCUCUGGCAGCAACGGUUGUGCGACGUGCAGCAGGCACAUGUUCUUGAGCGCCAGCAAGAAGAGCGGCAGGCGGAGGCAGAGGCACAUUUUCUUGCGCGCCAGCAAGAAGAGGCACUUGCGCUUGACCAGCAGCGGCAGGCGGAGGCAGAGGCACAUUUUCUUGAGCGCCAGCAAGAAGAGGCACUUGCUCUUGACCAGCACCGGCAGGCAGAGGCAGAGGCACAUUUUCUUGAGCGCCAGCAAGAAGAGGCGGUUGCGCUUGACCAGCAGUGGCAGGCUCAGGCAUUGCAGCAGCGACGAUCCUACGCCCUUCAGGAGGAACAAGCGCUCGAGCUCCGUCAGCAAGAGGCGCACGACGCCGCAUGCCAAGCGCAGCAACGUCAGCCAGAGGCGCCUGCACUUGAGCCAGCACUUCAGCGCCAGAAUGAGGCCUUUGUGCUGAACCCGCAGCAGGCAGAGGAGUUACGGCAACAGCAAGAACGUGCCAUAGAGGAGGCCUUGGCCUGGGAACGACAGGCCCAGGCAAAGCCGCACGGGGAGGCUUUGGACAGGCGUGAACAGGAGGACGAGGAUGAAAGCGGGCCGCAAGAAGACAUGGAGGACGAGCCCGAGAGCGAGGCAGCGCUUUCGCCGGAUGAGGAGGACCUGCCCCUGAUGGAGGUGAUGGCUAAGCAGGAGGAGGACCUACCCUUGGCAGGGAUGGUGGCGGCGCAGGCGAAGGCUCACGCCCACCGCGCAAGGCCAAAGCCAAGACUCCCGUGGUGCCCCUGA